AUGUCACAAAUGCAUCUUUGGAAGUUUUUCUAUGAAAGUGAUUUAUCUGGAUACACUUUGGUAAUUCCCAGUGUAGCUGUUGGAAAUGUUGGGCAACUGGCAUGUGACUUGCUAAUUUCAUCGUUGAAAAUGAAGAAACUUGCUUCAGUCUACAGUCCAGCGCUUAUUCCAGUUUUAGGAUAUGAUCCAUAUGAUUUGAAAUCCACGAACUUGUCGUGUAGCUGCGAAGUUUACCAAUGUGAAUCGAAGAAUAUAGUUGUUUUACAAAUAAGGGCACCUCUUGUUUACAAAUACGCGCGAUCCUUUUUAGAAAAUGUAAUUAGCACAUUUAUGACAAAGCAAAUAAAAAAUAUUAUAUUACUGACAAGUAGUUAUGCUCAUGAAAAUAAGCUUAUUAGCACAUCUCCAUUUAGAUACUUAAUGACUGAUAAUUGUUCUUAUGAAGAAGAAAUUAAAAAACUAAAUUGGACUAAACACCAAGAGGAUCAAACACGGUUAAGGAUUUAUGGAGGAGGUUUUGCCACUAUGUUUUUUGAAAUUUGCAAGGAAAACUUGUUGCCUUGCCUUAUUUUAUAUAAAUUUUGUUCAGAAGGUGACAAUAGUCCAGAUGCUUAUGACAUGGUUCAUAAUUUGAAUAAAGUUUUACCUGUAUUUAAUCAAGACAAAGAUAUAUUUUCACAAUUGUUGCCACCUGCCUCUUGGAAACUUUUAUUCGGUGGACCAACACCUAAAGAUAUUUACUGA